GGCUCGUUUUAGGAUUGGCUUUACAUCCCUGCAGACCUCUGUGCUUCCCCGCUUCUCCCCGCCUCCCAACUUGCGUCCGUAUAAUCGUAUCCUCGUGGCGCCGUAGUCCCGCUGCAAGUAACCCUGCGUGCGCGUUAUCUCGCCAAUGGCGAAUCCGUUGUUCGCCGGCCAGUGGCCCACCACUCCCGAAGGCGACGAGAAUUCGCACGAUUUUUGUAACCGGUUCCCCCCAGACGCGAAGGAGCGCGAGGUGCAGAACAUGCUGCGCUGGUGGCCGGGCUACGAGGCCCUGCCAGCUGACUUUCAAGGGCGACCAGCCGUUAGGGUUCGCCAUCUUCAGCACACCGGCCAUGGCGUUCGCUGCUCGAGAACGCCUUGCAGGGCCUCAUAUUCGACGUGGACCACAAUUCCGUGCUGCGAGCAGAGUUGGCCAAGACCAACCUUCACAGAAGGAAGGGUUUUCCUGGGGGAGGCGAUGGCUACGACCACUCCAAGCGCGCGCGGGUGGACACCAUGGCAUCCUUUAUGCCCGGCUCUGCUGCCGCUGCUAUGGGCAGCUUCAUGCCUGCAGCAUACGACGCCUAUGCCUCCUCGUUCGCCUCCCUCCCUGCAGCCGCCCCUGCUGCUCCCGCGUCUGCUCCCAAGCAGUACUCCACCCACUCCGGACCCCGCCAGGCAAGGUAGGGCUACAGGCGAGGCAGGCAAGGAAGGGCUACAGGCGAGGCAGGCAAGGUAGGGCUACAGGUGAGGCAGGCAAGGUAGGGCUACAGGCGAGGCAGGCAAGGUAGGGCUACAGGCGAGGCAGGCAAGGUAGGGCUACAGGCGAGGCAGGCACGGUACGGCUACAGGCAAGGCAGGCAAGGUAGGGCUAUAGGCGAGGCAGGCAAGGUAGGGCUACAGGCGAGGCAGGCUAGGUAGGGCUACAGGUGAGGCAGGCAAGGUAGGGCUACAGGCGAGGCAGGCAAGGUAGGGCUACAGUCGAGGCAGGCAAGGUAGGGCUACAGGCGAGGCAGGCAAGGUAGGGCUACAGCCUGCAGGCCAGGCAGGCAAGCUAUAUGAAACAUGGAAUUUUACCUUUAAAUGCACUCCACCCAUCCACCUAUUUUUCACCGCCACCGGCCCAUCGGGAUGUGAAGGCUGGUUAUGGUACCUGCAGUAGCACAUCAUAGCACGUCAAAGUACACCACAGCACAGCACACCACCACACCACACUGCACCACACCACAAUAGACCCUACCUAACCCCUCCAUCAGGUGUGCUGGAACAAACCCCCCUGCAACACUACCUUGGCAACCUGGGCUUGGGAACGAGAGUUUUACCGCUCUAUACCGCACCAAACCGCACCUCAUCCCAUCAAGUGCAGCGGGAUAACCCCCCGUGCAACACCCUCUACCUCGGAAACCUGGGCUUGGGAGUGUACCGGGACAACCCUCCCUGCAACACCCUGUAUCUCGGCAACCUGGGCUUGGGAGUGAGCGAAGCGGAGCUGAUGCAGAUAUUCAGCGUACAGCCUGGCUAUGUGCAGCUGAAGCUUCUUCGACAGGGAAUGAGCACUUGCUGCUUCGUGCAGUUUGUUGUGAGUGUAUUCUCGUAACUUCCCCCUAGAUUCUUGGAGGUAUUUAUGUUCGACUACACGUUUUCCUCUUCUCUAGCCCCUUCUGUACACAUUCCCAUGUUGUUUCUUUUUUCUUUCGUAUGUUCGUCCGCAUAUUGUUUCCCUCUAUAAGGGGGAGGGGUCAGCACCAGAAGUGGAAGUAGCACUCCAUUUUUUAGGCGCUCAAGAUCCAUGCGUGAGGAGUCUAUUUUUGAGGCGCCUCAAAAAUAGACGUGGAGGCAGCACCAGCACGCCAAGUAGCACUCCAGAGCAUUACUCUAGCAUCCACCGACCGAGGCUGUGUCCUGCCUCUCCCCUCUGUCCCCUCUCCCACCCCUUCUCCUCCCUUUCUCCUCGCACUCAUACUCUCUUCCCUCCCUUCCCCCCUCCCUCUCCUCCCCCUCUGCCAGGACGUGGA